AUUUCUACCCCCGGAGCUCUUUGGGAGAAGGCGAGGACGGACGCCAGAUGGCGACGAAGAGCGGCCCUAGCCCCAAGCCCAUGGGCGCGGCCCAGGGCGACCCGGGAGAGGCGGGCACCCUGCCCAGCCCCGACGCCGGCCUGCGGGACGCAGGUUCGGCUGCUCAGCUGAAGUUGAAGCCAAGGAAAGUGCGCAAGAUCAAGGCGCUCAUCAUCGACCUGGGCUCGCAGUACUGCAAGUGCGGCUACGCCGGCGAGCCGAGACCCACCUACUUCAUCUCCUCCACGGUGGGCAAGCGCUGCCCCGAGGCGGCCAACGAUGCGGGCGACACCCGCAAGGACACCUACGUGGGCCACGAGCUGCUCACCACCGAGGCGCCCCUCAAGCUGGUGAACCCGCUGAAGCACGGUGUGGUGGUCGACUGGGACUGCGUGCAGAACAUCUGGGAGUACAUCUUCCACACGGCCAUGAAGAUCCUGCCCGAGGAGCACGCUGUGCUGGUGUCGGACCCGCCGCUCAGCCCGAGCAGCCACCGCGAGAAGUACGCUGAGCUCAUGUUUGAGACCUUUCGCAUCCCGGCCAUGCACGUGACGUCGCAGGCGCUGCUGUCCAUCUACUCGUAUGGCAAGACGUCGGGGCUGGUGGUGGAGAGCGGCCACGGCGUGUCGCACGUGGUGCCCAUCUCCGAGGGCGACCUGCUGCCGGGCCUGAGUAGCCGCGCCGACUAUGCGGGCAGCGCACUCACCAGCUACCUGAUGCAGCUGCUCAACGAGGCGGGUCACCACUUCACCGAUGACCACCUGCACAUCGUGGAGCACAUCAAAAAGAAGUGCUGCUACGCGGCGCUGCUGCCCGAGGAGGAGCUCAGCCUGGGCCUCGACGACCUGCGCGUCGACUACGAGCUGCCGGAUGGCAAGCUCAUCACCAUCGGCCAGGAGCGCUUCCGCUGCUCCGAGCUGCUCUUCAAGCCCUCGCUGGUGGGCUGCGAGCAGCCGGGCCUGGCCGCGCUCACCACCGCCUGCCUGGACCGCUGCCAGAAGGCCGGCUUCAGGGAAGAGAUGGCGGCCAACGUGCUGCUGUGUGGCGGCAGCACCAUGCUCGAUGGCUUCCCCGAGCGCUUCCAGCGGGAGCUCAGCCUCCUCUGUCCUGGUGACAGCCCCGCCGUGGCCGCCGCCCCCGAGAGGAAGACCUCCGUGUGGACCGGAGGCUCCAUCCUGGCUUCGCUGCAGGCCUUCCAGCAGCUGUGGGUCAGCAAGGAGGAGUUCGAGGAGCGGGGCAGCGCUGCCAUCUACAGCAAGUGCUGAGGGGCGG